AAUAAGAAAAACUUACUCAAAAUAUGUUUGAGUAUAAAUUAUUGUUUUCUAUACUUAAAAUAAUUUGCACUCCUGUGGACAAAAAUAACAUAAAUCAAAAUCAUGGAGCAAAUAUUUAUGAUCGAAGCCUUUGUCAGAAAAAUAAUACUGAAAAUUGAACCACCAGAAAAAGAUGAGGACGAAUUAAAAUUAGAAGAAGAAAGGAGAAAGGAAGCAGAGAGACUGGCUGCCCUAGAAGCUGCCACAAAAGGUAAAAAAGGCAAAGGUAAAGGAAAACCUAAAAAACCUAAAGGUAAAAAAGGAAAGAAGGGCAAAAAAGGAAAGGAACCCCCUAUGCCAUCAGAAGAAGAAAUUAAGUUCAUGCAAAGUUGUACGGUGCAAAUGAAUUGUCUUCCAGUUUUUGAUUUCUAUGUCGCUCAUGAUAACUUUGUACCACCUCCACCUCCAGAACCUGCAGGUAAAAAGAAAAAAGGGAAAGCGAAAAAACCUAAAAAGAAAGGGAAAAAAGGUAAAAAGCCAAAAGGAAUUCCACCAGUAAAACUAAGUUUGCCAUCAGACCCUUUGCCAACACCACCAUUUUUUGGGGUUGGAAAUUCAGUAAUUUUUUUAUCUAGACCGUCUAAAUUGGAAGAAAUUAUGAAAAAGACACCGAUACACGUGGUAGUUUGGAAUAGGGAUGAACAAAUGAACUGUAUAGGAUUUUGCACGAUUGAAUGGCAUGAAUCAUUUUACGACUGUCUACAAAAAUCUGCCGAAUUGAAUGCUGUAAACAUGGAGCAGGCCGAAUACAGAGUGACUACAAAAUCAGAAAUAGUAGCGAACACAGUUGAGCUAGCGAAACCUCUGCAAUGUGAAGAAGAUUUAAAACCUUGUGGUGAAGUUGAGCUUUUUAUACGCUUGACUUGUUUGGGAAAUAGGAUUUUGAGCUAUUUUGUCACACUGCCUGAAAUGGAAAGAAUUCCCGCUAGAAAAUAUUUACAAGACGAUCAUAACUCAAAAGAUAUAGAAGUGGUCAGGCAUUGGGAGGGUACAGAAGUAGAUGCAAUACCACCUAUUGCACAUUUAUUUGGAGCUUCAUAUAUUACGCUGGAACCCAUUAAACCUGUAGAAGAACAUAAAGUAUACGAACAAUAUAUUGCUCCAUUCACUGAUAGCGAAUUAGUGAUAUUAGCUAUGGGAUUCCCCAAAGGACCUUGUGGAGGAACAAACUGUCCAAAACGACUUGAGUUCAGAGAUAAUGAGGAAGUGUUUGUCCCUGGCGUAACGGUGAAAGGAAAAUAUGAAGCUGGACAAUUCGUCAAUAGGAGAGACGUACACGGUCCCUGUGGGAGACUGGAUUGUCCUUUGGCGAAAAAAGUUAGAAACUACAUCUGCAAUGAAGGAACAUACAAAGCUUGUAAGAAACCUUGUCCAAUUGAUUACUACUAACAUAUUUGGAGCCUUAAAAUGAGCUUAUAAUCAAUAUAACUGUUUUUAUAAUCUG